AUGGAUGAUGGAUAUAGAAACACAAACCUCUAUCAAGGGGGCAGGGAGGCAAACCAAGUCUCAGAUGACUACAGGUACCAGGAUGGUAACUAUGAAGGGUAUGCACCCAAUGACGGCUACUAUCGUGGCGGGGAUGAGCCCGCUCCUGAAGAAGAUGCCCAGAGUGAUGUUACAGAAGGCCAUGAUGAAGACGAUGAGGUCUAUGAGGGGGAGUACCAAGGGAUCCCGCACCCAGAUGACAUUAAAGAAAAGCAGAAGCGAGCUCCUGCCGUGGCUGAUGAGUACAGAGACCAUGCUGACCUUAUGGCAGAGAGGAUGGAGGACGAGGAGCAACUUGCCCACCAGUACGAGAACAUCAUUGAGGAGUGUGGCCACGGACGCUUCCAGUGGACCCUCUUCUUUGUUUUAGGGUUGGCACUGAUGGCAGAUGGGGUGGAGGUGUUUGUGGUUGGAUUUGUUCUUCCCAGUGCUGAGAAGGAUAUGUGCUUAUCCAGUUCGAACAAAGGGAUGCUAGGCUUGAUAGUCUACUUAGGAAUGAUGGUGGGGGCUGUCAUGCUGGGCGGCCUCGCUGAUAAACUGGGAAGAAAGAAAUGUCUCAUCAUAUCACUUGCAAUCAACGCUGCCUUCGCAUUCCUCUCCUCCUUCGUCCAGGGAUAUGGAUUUUUCCUCUUCUGCCGCCUUAUCUCGGGCCUUGGUAUUGGGGGAUCCCUCCCCAUCGUGUUUGCCUAUUUCUCUGAAUUCCUAUCUCGUGAGAAGAGGGGGGAACACCUGAGCUGGCUUUGCAUGUUCUGGAUGAUCGGUGGCAUUUUUGCUUCAGCAAUGGCUUGGAGCAUCAUCCCACAUUACGGCUGGGGGUUCAGUAUGGGAACCAAGUACCACUUCCACAGCUGGAGAGUCUUUGUACUUGUCUGCUCUCUGCCCUGUAUCGCCUCCCUGGUGGCACUGAAAUUCAUGCCUGAAAGCCCGCGUUUUUUGCUGGAGAUAGGUAAACAUGAUGAAGCCUGGAUGAUCCUCAAGCAAGUUCAUGACACCAACAUGCGGGCCAAGGGUGAGCCAGAGAGGGUGUUUACGGUUUCUUAUAUCAAAACUCCAAAGCAAGUAGAUGAAUUUAUUGAAAUCCAGAGCUCAACAGGGACCUGGUAUCAGCGGUGGCUGGUCAGAAUCACUACCACUUUCAAACAGGUCUGGGACAAUGUGCUAUAUUGUUUAACAGCCCAGUACAGGAUGAACACACUGAUGCUGGCUGUGGUUUGGUUUACAAUGGCCUUAAGUUACUAUGGCCUUAUUGUCUGGUUCCCUGAUAUGAUCCGGUAUCUCCAAGAAGAGGCAUAUGAAUCCCGAGUGAAGAUCUUUGAUGAGGAAGAAGUGUCACACUUCACCUUUAAUUUCACCCUGGAAAACCAGAUCCAUAGAAAUGGGGAAUACAGGAAUGAUAAAUUUAUCGGCAUGAAAUUCAAGGAAGUGAGAUUUGAGGAUUCAUUAUUUGAGGAAUGCUACUUUGAAGAUGUGACAUUCAGCGAGACCUUCUUCGAAAACUGCACCAUCAUCUCCACUGUCUUUCACAACACUGAUCUCUACGAACACAUAUUCAUCAACUGCAGGCUCAUAAACAGCACAUUUCUGAAGGAGAAGGAAGGCUGUCACCUGGACUUCGAGGAGGAAAAUGAUUUCCUGAUCUACCUGGUCAGCUUUCUGGGCAGCCUGUCUGUGCUGCCGGGCAACAUCAUCUCUGCAUUACUCAUGGACAAAAUAGGGAGGAUAAAGAUGAUCGGUGGCUCAAUGUUGAUCUCGGCAGUGUGCUGCUUCUUUCUCUUUUUCGGCAACAGCGAGUCGGCAAUGAUUGGCUGGCAGUGCCUUUUCUGCGGGGCCAGCAUUGCCGCCUGGAAUGCCCUGGAUGUGAUCACCGUGGAGCUCUACCCCACUGACAAAAGGGCAACGGCCUUUGGCAUCCUCAAUGGGCUUUGCAAGUUUGGUGCCAUCCUGGGGAACUCAAUCUUUGCCUCCUUCGUAGGGAUAACCAAAGUGGUUCCCAUCCUUCUGGCUUCCUCUGCUUUGGUUGGAGGUGGCCUGCUCGCUUUGCGCCUGCCAGAGACUCGAGAACAGGUCCUGAUGUGA